ACCGCGCGAAUGCUCAACUUAUUUGUUGAAGUUGAACUAAACUCUAAACCCCUAAAAAAAUCUUCGGUAAAACAUUCGUUAACUCCGAAAUUCCGCGCAAAUGAGAUCGUCGGAUCCUGCUUUUCCCGUUCCGAACACCUCGCUAUGUUUAGAUAUCAAUGGACAUAAGACGGAUAUUAUCAUAAGCAGCUACGAAGAUCAUAUUCUUGUCAUGGCAACUCAGAUUGGAAGCAUGGGAACUAUAUUGCAAGCUAGGAAAGAGGGAGGGGUUACAACUGAUCCAACUUACAACAUCUCUGUAGUAUUUGGUAAACGAGAUGAGCCCAUGCUCAUCGCCUGUGCUCGACAGUUGAUUGAACAUAUAAGCAACUCCGGAUCAUCAAAAACAUUAGUCUUGUCCCUUGGUCUGAGAGAUCAUUCAUUGGGGAUAUUGAAGACAAUAGUUUCAGCUGUAACCGAGAAACUCGCUGAGGUAAUUUAACUCGAUCGUCGUGCCAUAUUGGACUUGUAAGGCUGAGUCUUUGUUAAUUUAGAAACCUUUAUUUUGAAUAUGACGUGAACUCUAUGUUCAUACAUUUUCCACUUCCAUCCAGAAACUUGGUGUUAUAUGUAAUAUCUGUCUGGAAUCUCA